AUUGAAAAACUUUGCUGCAAACCUAUCAAAAUUGUUGAACGGGUUUGGGAGGCUCAUUUCACGCCUACAGAGGUCGCUGCAUUGGCUGACAAGGCUAGUCUGAGCCGUGACCCAUGCAUGGUUGAAGCUGCCGCAAAACUUGCAUUGAGCGUAUUACCGAAGGCAUAUGCUUUGACAGCUGCAGAAAGCCAAAAAGCUUUGCAUCAGUGCAAGGAGCAAAGUUCUGAGAUGCUUGAAAAAGCAUGUCGCGCUGUUGAACAGGCAGCUGAAAAAGAUGGUGUGUAUCCGGAAGUGCUGUUCAAAGUUGCUAGACAUUGGUUCGAUUUGUUUGUGGAUUCUGAAUCUGUUAGUAGUCCACAGACAAGUUUUCAGAACACAAUUCCACCGCAACAUCAGACUGGGAUUCUCCAAUUACACGGUGAUAUUUUGCAAUCACAGGCUCAUGAGAGCAUUUAUUCUGCGGCAAAUCCACAAACGCUACAACUGCCUGUUCAGUGCAGACCUGUGCCUUAUGCGACAGCUUCGUAUCAUUUCAUGCCUCCUCACCAUCACCUUCAUCAGGCAGGACCACAUCGCCCUCCACUUUAUGUAUCUCCAGUAUCAUGUACUCAACCGCAAGUUGGAAUUCACUAUUCUCAACGAGGACCAUUGCCAGUUGGUGCGAUGUCAAUUAUACCGAGACAACAGCCAAAUACUAUUUAUCCUCCGUCUGUGGUUGGUGCUACACCAUCUCGAGCCUUACACAUUAGUCAUUCAGCUCCAAAUUUAAGUCCGAUGCAAGCUGUUCAGAUCUCUAGACGCAACCAGCCGUUGACUGUUUUGCAGCAACCUCUUUGUCUUGGUGCAGGAGCGACCCGCUGUCAGUUUCCGACUGUAGGGGAACAGUGCAUCCAACCUAUUCCAAUAAACGAUGCUCUACGGCAUCAUCUACCUCCGCCUACAUCGCUUGUACUUUGUCAGUCGGCCUCGCAACCGGUCUCAUAUUUUGGGCACGCAACGCCUCAGCCUCCCAUAAAUGUUCCGCUACCGUCGCCAAGUGCAUCUGUUGUUGGAGAUCCUCGUAUGGCGAAGCUUGUUCAUGCUCAUCGUGUCGGAAUGAUAGCUAUGGAAACAAUGGGAAAUCGAAACUUGGAUGAUAAUCGUAGUUACGCGAAAUUUUCUCAAAACCCUGCUUAUGCAGAAGACGUUCGUUGGUUGUUCACAGUGGCAACACGAUUAGGCGGCGUUUUUACCCAGAGUUUUUGUGAAGUAGCAGCUCGGUCUGUUGCAUCACCAUUCGUUCUUUUUUCAUUAGCUGUUGAAUCAGCAAAGGUCUUUCACUGGCAGAUGCCCUCUAUUAGCUACCAUUCACAAGCUGUAAUUCACCCGAUUCGGCCUCAGUUAACCGCUGGCGCUCCAAAUGUACGGACUGUGCUUCUGCAGAAUGGAUUUGCGCCGCCAACAGCCGAUUUGAUGCAACAUUGCGUUGAGAUGUUUUAUGCUGCAUCCAGCUCUAAGCUUAGCCAUCCUCGUUUUGUUCCCUCAGAUGUUGAAGAGGUCGUUCAACUUGUUAAAACAGCGAAGGAAGCGUUCCAUUGGAUACCAGGGCCGGGAAAGUUAAUGUUUGAUGAUUUCAUGCGACAUGUUCGAAAGCAAAAGGCUUGUAAAAAGGAUGUUGCUCAAAGAAUCAAUGCUUGCGUUCAAAAUACAAACUGA